GGGAACCGAAGUGACGGCCCGAGGGAGCUGCCAGUCCGGGCGCUUGUGCGGCGGGACCGGGACCGGGCUGAGGCGCGCACGUGCGGGCGCCGCUGAGGGAGUGCCCGGCGGUCUCGCCGCCGGCCGGGCCCGGAGCGCGCCUGUGCCCCGCGAUGCUGCGGCGCCCGGACUGCGCCCGCCUCGCCUCGCCUGAGCUCCGGGAAGGGCAGCGCCGCUGCCGCUGAGCCCCCGGGGGGGAUGCCGGCGGGCCUCACGGAGCCGGCCGGCGCCGCCGCUCCGGUGGUCGCGGGCGCCUCGGGGGCCGUGACCAUGGCCCCCGCCGCCGCGCUGCCCGUGCGGGUGGAGAGCACCCCGGUGGCCCUGGGCCCUGUGACUACGGCUCCUGUCGGCGUCUGCGUGGAGUCCGGGGCGCCCCAGCCCCUGCCAUCCCCCGUGGGGACCCUAGUGACCAAAGUGGUCCCUGUCACCGCGCUUCCUAAACUCGGCGGCCCCAGGCUGCCCGCUCCUCAGAUAGUCACCGUGAAGACUCCCGGCACCACGACGAUCCAGCUGCCGGCGAAUUUGCAGCUGCCUCCAGGAACAGUUUUGAUCAAAAGUAACAGUGGUCAGUUGAUGCUGGUAUCUCCUCAGCAAGCUGUGACAGGAGCGAAGACCACAAGUAACUUAACUCCAAGGCCAGCAGUACCAGCAAACACUCAAACAGUCAAGAUCUGUACAGUGCCGAAUUCUAGCUCACAAUUAAUGAAACAAGUAGCAGUGGCUCCUGUUAAUAAUUUGACACAGAUGGGAACUACUGUGGUAACCACUGCCUCCAGUGGUUCUUCAGGACAAUCUGUGGCUGUACCUCCUGUCAAGCCAGUGAAUACUGUAACUAUCCUGAAGCCAUCAAGUUUGGGAGCAAUAUCUACACCCUCAAAUGAUUCCAAUCUCAAAGCAGAGACCUCAGUAGCUGCUCAGACUAAUCUUUCUCCGACAGUGCUGGAAAAUGUGAAAAAAUGCAAAAACUUCCUUUCAAUGUUAAUAAAACUAGCAUGUAGUGGAUCACAAUCCCCUGAAAUGGGACGGAAUGUGAGGAAGCUCGUGGAGCAACUUCUGGAUGCAGAAAUUGAAGCAGAAGAAUUUACUAGGAAACUAUAUAUUGAACUCAAGUCUGCACCUCAACCACAUCUUGUACCUUUUCUUAAGAAGAGUGUGGUUGCAUUACGACAGCUUCUCCCUAACUCCCAGAGCUUCAUUGAGAACUGUGUUCAGGAGAUCUCUAGUGAGGUGGUCGUUGCCUCUUGUACCACGACAGCAACGACUUCUCCUGUGGUGACAAGUACUGUUUCCCCAGUCCUUGUCUCUGGAGCAACAGCACCCAGAACUCUGUCUGUUCAGACUCUGAAUGCACUCUCUGGUCCAGGAGGAGCAAACACUGGAGUUGUGGCAUUGCACUCUGUGACUCCAGGUGCUGUAACAGGAGGUUCAACACCUGCAACUGUUUUGCUCCAGACUUCAAAACCUCUUACACCAUCAGUACCAAAUACAGUGACAGCAGUAUCCAUUCAUCCUGAGAAGCCAGUCGUGUCUGGGGCAGCAGUUACACUGGCCCUUCCAUCAGUAACUUUUGGAGAUACUUCAGCUGCACCCGUUUGUCUUCCGUCUGUGAAGCCUGCCAUUACCUCUGCUGGGACCAAACCUGAUAAACCCGUCAUUGGCACUCCGGUCCAGAUCAAGCUUGCACAGCCAGGCCCCCUUCUUCCACAGUCAGCUGGCAUUCCACAGGCCGUCCAAGUCAAGCAACUAGUAGUCCAACAGCCUUCAGGAGGCAAUACAAAACAGGUGACCACCAUUUCCCAUUCCUCGCCCUUGAUCACUCAGAAAUGUGGGACAAAGAUGCCAGUGAAUACUGUAGUGCCUACUACUCCCAUCAUAAAGCAAAUUACUCUGCCUGGAAAUAAACUUGUCUCACUUCAAGCUCAAACAUCUUCUAUUCAGAACAGUAAAAUAAAAGAGAAUGGAUCACCAUGCUUCAGAGGUGAAGAUGACAUCAAUGAUGUGACUUGCAUGGCAGAAGUCAACCUUGAUGAAGAAAACGCCUGCAUCUUAGCAACACAUUCUGAAUUUGUUGGCACACUCAUUCAGUCGUGUAAAGAAGAACCAUUUCUUUUCAUUGGAGCUCUACAAAAGAGAAUUUUAGACAUUGGUAAAAAGCAUAACAUUACGGAACUUAACUCUGAUGCUGUGAACUUGAUCUCCCAUGCAACACAGGAGAGAUUGCGAGGCCUGCUAGAGAAACUGACUACAAUUGCUCAGCAUCGAAUGACUGUUUACAAGGGAAGUGAAAAUUACAUCUUGUCUACUGACACCAGAUCACAGCUCAAAUUUCUUGAAAAGCUAGAUCAAUUGGAAAAACAGAGGAAGGAUCUAGAAGAAAGAGAGAUGUUACUUAGAGCAGCCAAGAGCCGUUCCAAUAAAGAAGAUCCAGAACAGCUGAGAUUAAAGCAGAAAGCCAAAGAGUUGCAGCAGUUGGAGCUCGCCCAGAUCCAAUACAGAGAUGCUAAUCUCACAGCUCUUGCAGCUAUUGGACCACGGAAGAAGAGACCACUAGAAGCAGCAAACGAGGGCCUCAAAGAUAACCCUUCUGCUUCUGGGACGUCCAGCCUAACAGCCACCAAAACAUUGCUUCGUCCAAGAAUCACAAGAAUCUGCCUCAGGGACUUGAUAUUCUGUAUGGAACAGGAAAGAGAAAUGAAGUAUUCUCGAGCUCUGUACCUUGCCCUUCUGAAGUGAUCACUGCAUCCAUGCAUCUGUCCAUCAAGACGCUCCCUGUUUACUGCCAAAGAAGAUAGAGAGAGCACUCUUGCCCUGUCCUGGAAUCUACUCUGGAAAAUAGUCACCAGUAUGGAAGACCUCUGUUUACACUGACAAGCU